AUGAGGUUAUAUGGUUCAAAUGGUUAUGGCGACUACAUAGAGGAAGAGGAUUUGACGAGGCGAGAGGAUGUAAGUGAUGAUGGUGAUGGAGUAGGAUACAUUUCUUAUAGGCAAUGUGGUUGUGAAAAUAGGAUAUGGUGGAAGCUAUUGGUGGCUUUGUUGGAUGAGAUGACGAUUGUAUUUGGCUUAAGGGGUAGGGAGAAGAUAUGGGUUAUGGUUGAGGUCUCGAGUACACUAGGAAAGUCAAUAGUGAUAGUUUUUGUUAGUGGAGAUCACUCAUUUCGACUAGGUUUUCUUGAUGAGGAGUUGUAG